ACGAUCGCGCAUCCGCACUUUACAUUGAUGUCGCAUCGCGCUUCGCGACCAAGGCUAACCUGACGACUGCGAUCAGAGUCUGGGCUGGGAGCACUACGAAGUUCAUGAGCCCGAGCCGCACAUUCUCCUCUUCAAGCGGCCCAUCAACUACCAGCCCCCCAUGCACUGAGAUCUUCCAUCCCUCCUCUUCACGCGUUUGACACCGCUUAUCAAGAUGCGGUAUCUUCCGGUCGCGCUCGGUGCCUCCACCCCGCUGCCCCACCAACGGCUAGGUUCACCGCUGUUUGUUGAUGACCGCCCAGCUUCACCAGUGGAACGGAAGACUGCUCAUAGACUCUUUUCCUUUCUUUUUUUAUGGAGUUUCUACUUAUUGUUCUCUGUUCAAGUGUUUUCUGAGUUCACGAAGCUGGGACUUUUUCUGCACUCUUCCUUUCCACUCUCACGAAAUGGGCAUGGUUACAUCAUCGGGUGUUUCUCACGUUUGAAACGAGGGAACUCUUUCCGAGCUUUGCUUCCUAGCGGAUUAGGGUACUUCGACGGAAACCAUCAAGGAGUACCUUUGGGAGCUUUGGGUUAUAUGUGAGUUGGGGAGUGCCGGUCUUUGCUUAGAGUGUGUAAAUAAACAAAAGAACAAACAAGAAAGCGUCGAAAAUCUAAAUAUGGGUCAUAGCAAGUCCCGUCUCUUC